UCUGCAGAGGCAGUUGAGGUGGAGGCGUGUGAAGCAGAGCCAGGUAAACCCAGCUGAUUUCUCUUAGCAAGAGGACAAACUUCUUCCUUGAGGGCAGUGCUGGAGAGAGCCUGAAGAGGAAGGGAGAGCGGCUGCAGCUUGUUUCUGGGGUGGAAGGCGUGGAAGAGCCACAUCCAGCUGAUCUCCGAGCCGUGCCCGAGGCUCACCUCCACCAGACACCAACAGCCCACAUCCCCAGUGGCUAAGCCCUUUGCUGCAAGCAUGGACAUCGUGGAGAAGGUCCUCUCCAUGGCCCAGGCCAUCCACACCCAAUUUGAGCAGGUGAAAUGCUGUAAGCACCAGUGCCAGCGCCUUGUGGAGCGCAUCCAGAUUCUGCUGGAGCCUGUAAGGAUCCUCAAGGCUCAGCCGCCAAAGCACAUCUCCCACCAUGAAAAGCAACUGCUGAAAAAGCUGCUCUGGGUGCUGGGGGAAGCCCAGAAACUGGUGGUGAAAUACAGCCAGGCCAGCUGGAUCCAGAAAUUCCUGAGAGCCCACAGCACCAGCGAGGAGUUCGUCUGGGUGAAUGAGAGCCUGGAGGACAUCGCCCAGGGGCUCUCACUCCUGCUGCAGGCAGAGCAGAAGCAGGCUUUCCUGGAGGUUUUCCAGGCAAAGACAUGUCGCAAGCAGGACGCUGAGGACCUGAGGGACGACAGGGCUUUCUUAGACCAGGUGAUUGCAAGUACUGAGGAGCCCAAAGAUGCAGCCGGGGAGAUCUACAUCGACAGGCAAUGUAUGGAGAGCAAGGUAGACUGGAUGCAAAAUGAGCUGAACAAAAUUGUGCAUGUGAUGGAGUGCUUGAAGAAGGUCAAUGUUGGUAAAAGAGAAGACAUCACUGAGAUCGAGCGGGACCAGCUCACCUUCUACAGGCACCUGCAGGACACUGAGAGUUAUGACCUGUACAAGGGCGAAUACCUCAAGUACCCUGUUGCCAUCAAAAUCUUCAAGAGGCCACUGACCACCGACCCGGCGAAGGUGAGAGACAUCUUUGAGAAGGAGAUUCAGACACUGAAGAAGUUUGAGUCUCCAAACAUCCUGCGCAUGUAUGGGAUCUGCAUUGAGGAGAAAGAUGGGAGCCCCUGCUUCUCCAUCGUCAUGGAAUACUGCAAGCAUGGGACGCUGCGGGAUGUGCUGACCAAGCAACAGCAUCUCUCCUGGGAGGUCCGCAUUCGGAUGGCCCUGGGAGCUGCCAGAGGCCUUUACAGGUUGCACCAGACGGAGGAGAAGUCUCGACUCCAUGGCUGCAUCUGCAGUAGCAAGUUCCUGGUGGCCGGGGAUUACUGUGUGAAGCUGUCGGGAUUUGAGCUGUGUGAAACAGAGUCAUCCAUCAAGAGGAAAGCCAAGAAGAACUGGAAACAAGUUUCUAUGUUGGCUUACAUCGCCCCUGAGAACCUGAAAAACAUCAACUACCCCUACAAGAGGCCCUGUGAAAUAUACAGCUUCGGGAUUGUGCUGUGGGAGAUUGCGACCUCCAAAAUCCCAUUUGAAGGCUGCACUCCCCAGGAGAUCACGGAGAAAAUCUGCAACCACCAUUACCAGGCACCUGUUGGUGAAGAUUGUCCUGAAGACCUGCGGAAAGUCAUUGACCAGUGCCGGGCCUUUGACCCUUCCCAACGCCCUUCUGCUGAGGAGAUUGUGGACUCACUGGCUGACCUGGAGAAAAGCAGAAACCAAGGAAGUUAACUGCAGAAAACAGGGCGGGGUGACCAAAAGCAGCCAGGCGCCUCGGAAGUCAAGCCAAGGGAAAGCAGCGGGCCUUCCUCCUGCAGGGCAAAGCGUGCCGCUCGCCCCUCUUCCCCGC